GGCUCCUCUCCAAUUCUCCUAAAAUUGAAGGAUCCUCCAAUCCUAUUAAUAAUGCGACACGUGGAGACUAUUACAUCCAAUGUUCAAGAAUAAAGGACUCCCCUUGAUACGAAAAGCACCUAAUAACUUUCCUCCUCUUCUUCCAUCUACCACCACAACAACCGACCCCUGCCAAAUUGCCAAUCUCGCCUCUUUCUUCCCUCAGCCAUCGCCAUUAAUGCUGCCUCUAACCCCUCUUUAAUCCAUAGCCACGUCUGUCCCGUUCCCAUCUAAUUCUUCCACCUCCACAGACCUAGACUAAUAUCAAAAACCCAAACCCACCAUUAGACCUAUCAAAUUUGCUAUGAACAUAGCUUAAAAUUCUGAGAUACAGGUGGAGAGGUUUAUUGUCUUCUUCAUCUCCUUCCCCUUCUCUGCCUCGUUUCCUCUCCAAAACCUAACUCAUCCCUAAUCCAACUCUAAUUUGCUAAGUGAUUGAGUUCACCGGCGGUAAAAGAAUCCGGUGACAAAUAUCUAGUUUGAGACUGUCUGAUGGGCCGCUUUGGAAAGGAGAGAGGAGGAAUGUAAUUAUAUGUGCUCAAUCCUUUGGCUUUUUAAUGAGAUGGGUGUAACGUUAAAUCCUAACCGUUGGAUCUAGAUUGAAGGAUCCUCCAAUUUUAGGAGGAUUGGAGAGGAGCCGGACUCGAUUUUUUUGGCCAGAGGAAAUCAGACCCGGUUGAGAUUGGGUUAAAGCUAAAAAUAGCUUUGAUAAAACAAAAACAAGAUCUAGAAAUACGACCCUGUUGCAAGAACAGCCACCACAGCCAUUUUCCAGGCGAGUAAUAAUCGUCCUUGUAAUUUUCCUCUUAACCUAAUAAUGACCCUCCAAAUCAAUUCUUCCUAGUUCGAGAAAAAGGGACCCAUCAAAUUAUGGCAAUGUGGGUGGUCUCAACGUUCAAGAACCUGAGGUGGUGCAGCCUGAUCAUGGGGGUCUCGAACGCCGUCGUCUUCGUCCUGGCCGCGAUUUUGAUCGGAGUUGUCUACCCAGAUUGCCGCGGGGACGACAAAGAUAUGCUACCAUUUGGUGCCGUUUUGGUGGGUUCCUGUAUGAGAAUCCUCGUCAUGAUCCGUACGGGCAUUGUGCAGCAAUCAACGGCCACGAUGAUUCUCAAAUCUCCGACCCAGAGCGCGGUCUUCGACGCAGUUAUACGCCGCGAGAGACGGGUCAAGUACAAGAGGUGGCUCUUGUGGUCCCGCUUUUUAAUGCUAAUUAUGGUGCUGCAGUUUGUGGCAGCAACAUACCUGGUCUUCGUUGUGGCUAAACACCUGCAUCUAGGCAGAGCAUCAAGUAACUGUGUAUUAGGGCAUGUUUCUGAGGGUACUACGUGGCAGCAAAAUAUACUUGUCCUUUUAAUUAUCAUGGUGAUUUUUGUGGCGACAACACAAUGUUUUACAGGAUAUGAUGUCCUAAGAUGGAGGUCCUUUUAUGCAAGAGAAGACAAUGCAUGGAAAACUCAUUACAUGGAGGUAUUCGACCAUGGAAUUCGAGAAGCUAUGUGCUGUCUUGGACGUUCCAAAUACUUGAGUGUCUUGGAGGAAGACGAAGUUUACUCAGUGGCACAAUUAUUGGGUGAUCUGGUAACUUAUCGUGCGGCUGGCACCGGGCAUUUUGAACUAUUGGCAGGACUAGCUUUAUUUCAGAGCCGGGGUGAAUCCCCGAAGUCGUAUGAAAGGUGUUUGGAGGCACCUGAAGAUCGAAUUCAAGAGGCUACUGCUUAUCAUCCGUUUGCUGAAGCUGCAUAUACGGGUCUGCUACUUGAUAUAGGAAGAAAUCCUGUACUAUUUCCUUGCGUGUGGCUCUAUAGGCAAGGGAUUUUGACUCCGUGGACUCAUAACAGGUGCCCGAUUCUUCUGGGUGAUAACUGGUGGAGAGGUCAUGCAGCAGCUUUUCUUAAUUAUGUCAAUUUACCUCCAGAAGCACUUCGACAAGGGCGCGUUAAUCAGGGGAAGUGUGAAGCUGCAUACUUUAUUGUAGUUCUUCAUCAACUAAAAUCUGUUGUAAUUGCCGUGCGCGGAACUGAGACUCCUGAAGACCUCAUAACUGACGGGUUAUGUAGAGAGUGCACCCUCUCUAUUGAAGACUUGGAUGGGUUGAUAAAUUGCAAUCAUAUUCACCCUGAUGUAAGGCAAAGAGUAAUUUCUUCUAUGCCACACUAUGGACAUUCAGGUAUAGUUGAGGCUGCACGGAAUCUUUUUAUGCAGAUUGAAGGAAACACUGGAGAUGAUGGAUAUGCAGAUAUUUCCUCUGGGUCAAGAGGAUUCCUUUCCUCGUUGCUUGGAGCUGGAUGCGAGUGUAAUGGGUAUAGUGUUCGCAUAGUGGGGCAUUCUCUUGGUGGAGCUAUUGCCGCAAUGUUGGGACUUAGGUUAUAUGGGCGAUACCCAAACUUGCAUGUGUAUGCCUAUGGCCCCCUUCCAUGCAUGGAUCCAAUUGUGGCAGAUGCAUGUUCAGAAUUUGUUACCAGCAUAGUAUACAACAAGGAAUUUUCAGCGCGCCUUUCAGUUGCUUCAAUCAUGAGGCUUCGUGCAGCUGCACUUACGGCAUUGUCACAGGAAACGACAGAUGCAAGAAUAACUUCAAAACUUGCACGUAGAUUUCUCUUUCUGAGCAAGUAUGAAAAAAAUAAGGUGGGGGGAAAGAUUGAAGCUUCACAUCUGACUUCAAGUGCCAUGACAACAGAAACUACGAGCAGGGGACAGGAUCAAAUGUUUCCCGUCUGGCCAGAUGUGGACGCAAUAGUUACUUCUUAUGAUGAAACUAACCAUAGUGAUUCACUAGAUGAUUUCACCAAUCCAUUUUAUGAUCCAUCUCCUGUCAACGUAAGCUUACCACCUGGUGAUCCUGUUUCUGAGUUCAUGGAUGUGGUGCCAUCAUCUGUGAGUGGACCAGCACGGGAUGUGCCUGAGGUGUUUUUACCAGGCCUUGUUAUACAUAUACAACCACAGAAAAACAGCUUUCAAAUGCCUCUAUCAAAAUGGUGGAGAACCACCCACGAAGAGUCUUCGAAAUAUAAAGCGUUUAUUGCUGACAGAGAAUCCUUCAAGGAUAUCAUUGUUUCACCAUCCAUGUUCCUUGACCAUCUACCUUGGAGAUGUGAUCAUGCCAUGCGGGGAGUCUUGAAAGCCAGAAGGGCCCAAAAGAGAGAUGAUGGAUCUCAAAUUGUAUGAAUUCUCCGAGCAACAUUUGUGGAUUUUCGCAUGCUGAUUGUUUAGAGCCUGACAUGGCGAGGUAAUUUUCUGAAGAUAACGAAUGACCAUUUGGGAGCAUCUGCCCCUUCCCAUCAUCCAAUUCGGGUAUACUGCAAUAGCAUUUGGUGGGACAACUUUGCAAAUAGCAUUGGCCCCUUGCAACAUACAGUAUACACAAACGAAAGUGUGAGGAUGCAGGACACUUGGUCCAUAAAAGUGGCGGGGAAAGAAAAUGGAUGUCCAGAUUCACAGUUUCAGGCCUCAUACACAAAAGCAGCUCUAUAGCAGUGUGCCUAUGUUUAAAAGACAAUUUGAAAUUUUGAAGAGGUUAUUAUACGAUUAAUCUGUAUUACAAAAUUGUCUUAAUUAUUAGAUUUAUACUCCUCCGGCCCAA